AAUCAUAUUUCUGAGAAGCGUCGCCGCCAUAUUGACAAUCCUGAGAUAGGUGUACAAAAAGCUGGACGAGAUGGCGGCCCAGACACCAGUGCCUGGCUGUACUCGACAUCCAGGGAUGGGGUUUGUUUAUGUCUGUAAAUCGUGCGAAGACCAGUUACUUUGUAUGGAGUGUGUUACAGACAGUCACAACGGCCACACGCUGGGUAAACUUACUGAUUACGUGGCGGGUCAGAAACGGGAAAUACAGCAGUAUGCCGACAAACUCUCCAAAACCGAUAUUCCCAAAACCGAGGGAGAUAUUAAGGAAAGUGGACAACAUGCCGAGAGGGGACGAUAUCAGAAAAUGAUUGAGGGAAUCAGACGUCAGGGAAAACAGAUGAAAGACGACAUCGACAACGCCAUUGACAUGCUCGUGAGAAUGUGUACCGAGUUAGAGGAGCGCAAUGCAGAUAUUUCUGAGAAAAACAAAAUUGCAUGUACUAAAUAUCUGAGGGAGGACUUGAAACCAAAGCUGGACAGGUGCAAAGAAGUACUGACAUCCGGUACAACUGUUGACGUCACUACAUUAGCGCGGGAAAUUAGAAACGGUGUAGCCACUAUCCCACCAAAUCUCAGCGAUUUGCAGAAAGUUGAAUUCAAACCCGGGACAAUCUCCACCGAACUCUUAGAACGCAUGCUUGGUAAGCUACUAGUCGAUGGAGUAGAUGCGUCGUACAAACCGAUUCCUAAAUGUGUGGUUUUGUACGAGUUUGAGGCGCCGUUUCCAUACCAUACAUGUCAAACAUGUCUUACCGGUGACGAGGCGUGGUUAUCGUUCUGGGACAGUGAAACCAUCUAUCGAGUGGAUUUGAAAGGCAAAGUCAAUGAGAAGAUAGAGUGUCAGGACAAAGUCUCAUCGAUCUCCGUAUCUCCGACCACGGGAAGAGUGUGGUUAUGUGUGAGGAGUGACAGAAGUAUCCGUGAAAUCAUGACGGGUGGUGACAGUGUUACACGCUUUAACGUAGACAGCACACCAGGUUCUUUGUGUAUCACUAGUGACGACAUGGUAGUGGUGGGGAUGUCGGGAGGAAUACAACUGUACACUACAGACGGACGGGCGGUGUCGGCAGGAGCGGGUGGUCCGUGUAGACAGGUGGCAGCAACUCCUCAUCACAUAAGGUCAUGUACACUGACCGGAGAUGUAGCUGCUGUUGAUCAUGAUGGUGUAUCGUUUGAUGACUACAUGGCUGGUAAGGAACCAGGCAAGCAACCGUCCGUCAUCGUGAUGGAUAAACACCUAAACCUGAAGUUUUGCUGUAAAGCCAUCGGUACGAGGAAAACACACGGAAGUGACAUUCAAUCAUCAAAGUUUUACCCGUUCGAUGUUUGUUUUGAUGGAGCUGGUGAUGUCCUUGUAACGGAGUAUGUCACCAAGUCAGUACUACUGAUUGACAGGAAUACUGGGCACUAUAUGAGGACUGUUUAUACAUCUGAUGGAGGUACACCUAUGUGUAUCGGUCUACAUCAUGACCGCACCCUCUGGGUCGGACACAGAAAUAGAACAGCAAAGGUCAUCCAAUAUAAAUAGACGUGUGAGGACAAAU